AUGGCAGGCCUUGAACCUCAUUCGCUUGAAGAGGAGUAUCAGCCUUCCGAGUUUGCUCUGAGUGAGCCCAUCGACCGAGAGCCCGAGGACUCUUGGGAUGUGUGCAGUGUCCCGUCAGGAGUUUCUGUCACAAGCCGUGCAAAGGAAGCAGCUUCAUCUAGCCUUGGACUGAAGGGAGAGUCAGCGCCUACCACAACACCUCAACAGAGGGCGUUGGCCUUGGGAGCAUCUCUCUUGACGCUUGGUGAUCCGGUUCCUUCUUUCGCUUGGGAGUCUGGGUUUUGGGAAAGCUUCUUCAAUGACAAGCCCGCAGUAGACAGGAUGGUCCCAGCGCUCAAGUUUCAUAGACCAUCUUUCGCAGGUUCCAUAGAGGAGCCGACACCGCCACAGGCUGAGGUUCAGGCUUCUGUGAAGAGGCCUCGCAAAGAGGGCCCUUCCUCUUUCUUGGAAGUUGUCAAGAAUAGGAGAGUGAUCUCUUGGAGGGACAAGCGAGAGGCUGAGCAUCGUAGGGCGUUGUGCAAGUGGUCGUGCAUCUUCGACAAGCUUGAUUGUGAAUCCGACCCUGUCAUCAAAACCAUUGCCUCCUUGUCCGAAACGGAGAAGUUCAACACACUUGACGACUACAUGGCAAGAAAAGCCCCUAGUACCAUGACAAAAAGGGCCAAUUCGAUUUUGAAAAUCAUCAAGGUUGGUGAAGCCAAGGGGUUGAUGUUCCCGGUGAGUGAGCCUCAGCUUUACGAGCUUCUGCAAGAGGCAAAGACGGGCGGGGCCCUCCCGUCUCAACUAAGAGGGGUCAUGGAAGGGCUCCUCUUCGCUCGUCACGUGUUCAACAUCGAGGCCUUCAGUCAAAUUGCAAUUAGCAGGCGCUGCUGGGGGGUCGGGGCCUCUCGCCUUGCAAAGACUCCUUCGAAGGCAGCGCCCUUGAGAGUGAUCGACCUGGCAGCAUUGCAUCAGGUCCUCGAUUCGAGUUCCAACCCAUGGGACCGCCUUUUCGCCGGCUGUGCAUUGUUUUGCGUGUACUCACGAUCCCGAUGGAGCGAUGCACAGCACGUUGAUUCCUUCAAAUUCGACAAAGGUUCAGACAACCAGAAGGUGCACUACCUUGAGGCAGUCAUAGACAUCCAUAAGAAUAUGAAUCGGCGCGGGAGGAGCCCUGUGCCUCUCGAGCUCGUCGCGCCGGGUUUGGGGGUGUCUUCGGAAGGUUGGAUUGAGAAAUUCCUUGAUGCAAGAUCCGCCUUGGGCCUGUCCGCCGAACAUGCAUUCAUGCCUGCUCCCGAUGCCAGAGGAGUCCCCACCAUCAGGGCAUUGGAUUCUGAUGAGUGUGGAGAUUGGUUGCUUAGACUCCUUCCUGCCAGGGAGGGCCUGAAGACAACUUCGCACAGCCUUAAAAGGACCUUGCUCAGUUACUGCGCCAAAUGGGGAAUCAGCCAUGACGAUCGCUUGGCGAUGGGGGGUCAUAGCCACCCAGGACGCAUGAGUGACGAGUACGCAGAUGAUGCAAUGGCUAGGCCUCUGAGACUCAUUGAGAUGGUGAUCACAGCAAUCCGAUCAGGUCGGUUCCAUCCCGAUUCCACAAGGGCUGGACGUUUUGAGGGGGGAGAGCCCCCUGCAGGUCUUGCCGCUCCUCUUCAGGAAGAGCCUGAGCUGAGGCCGCCCACGAGCCUCCCCGCGCAGGAAGCUCAGACCAGUGAGAUUGAUCGGAUGCUGGACCAUAGUUCCAGUGACGAGCACAGCAUCGGGGCUGCGCCUUCUUUGCCGGGAGCUGAGAGCAUGCCGCUCCUGAAGCAGUCACUUGUAGCAGAUGAAAUGCCGGUUGCUGAAGAGUCUGGAAGUGGGCGGUCAACAGACAGCUCAUCCUCGGACUCAUCCAGCUCAAACUCGAGUGCCAGUGUUCCUGAGCCCACAGUGCGGCCAGUUCGACUCCUGCCUCCGCCAGCGCCUGCUGAUGGCUGCAGGUUCGUCCAGCAUGCAAGGUUCAAGACGCUGCAUUUGCAGCGGUUGCGACAUGUCAACAUGACCUUGUGCGGCAGAAUCGUGAAACCUCCAAUCGGGGAACCUGGAAUUUUGAGAUAUGACACCCCGGUUUGUCGGGCGUGCAAGAAAGUGGCAGCUACCGACUGA